AUGUUAACUUUGGAAGUGAAUUUCUCACAGCAUGUCAUCGAUGAUCCCAAGUACAUCUCUGACGAGAAAAUGACCACUUUUAUUAUUGUGGUCGACAUCUUGGUGUUAGGUGUUUUUUCAGUGACGGGAAUCGUCUCCAACAUCAUCAACAUGAUCAUCUUCGUCAAGCAGGUUCUCAAAGACAGCAUGACGGUGGGGCUCUUCUCUUUGGCUUUCACAGAUUUCUCCAUCGCGACCUUGGAACUGACCUUCUCCUGCACCUACCUGGCCAGUGUGAUAUGUCCGUGGAGCUCAGUGGACUUCUGGGCUCUUAACAAUAUCACUUUGACCUGGAGUAUUUGUGCUCUUUACUUGACUUCCUGUUGGAUAACGGCCAUCAUAUCACUGGAGAGAUGCUUCUGUGUCGUGUACCCAUUUAGUGUUAAGCAAAUAUUCACCAGGGGGCGCUGCGUGUUGUUAAUAAUUGUCGUUUACACCUUACACAUCUCAGCUGUACUUCCGGUUUACUUGGUAGAAAAGAUGGAAUGGCUACCUUUCGACUUCCAAGCUAACAAUGGCUCCGUGACGUCCAUUCAACAAAGGUGGAUCUAUUCCAUAGCUUUCUCAGAAUCUACACAAGAACUGGACAUCAUCAUGGACAUCACCGCUGGCUUGUUUCUGUUUAUAACACCACAGCUAAUUGUUCUGGUUUGUUCUGUUUGGAUGGCGAUCGCUCUAAAACUUUCCUCCACAGUUCGAGCUCGGAAAGACGGGGACGACCACGCAGCGUUAAAAUCUAGCACAAAAUAUUCCAAUUUAACAAGACAGGAGAAAAAGCUGAUUAAGAUGGUCCUAUUUGUGGAUGUUCUACAGUUGGCAUGUAACGUCCCUAGAAUAACUGUGAUCAUAUACUAUCAUGUUGUGUUUCCGGGACUGGACAUGGCCCUAGUGAAGAACUUUAGCACCAUCCUAUGGACAUGCGCAUUGGUCAUAAACACGAUUUCGUGCUUCAGUAAUUCUUUGGGAUAUUAUUUCUUAAACUCUCUGUAUAGAAACAUGUUUAGAAAUUUGUUUUAA